AUGGUGGAGAUCAACAAGAGCCCUCCCAACAAGAAUUUAUCCCACGUACCUUGCAAGUUUUUCAAGCAGGGAGCCUGUCAGGCUGGCAACUCCUGCCCCUUUUCGCACUCUACGGAGUCGGCAAGCGAAACUAACGUUUGCAAGUACUUCCAAAAGGGCAACUGUCGGUUUGGGGCCAAGUGUGCGCUGGCCCACGUGCUGCCGGACGGCCGCCGCGUGAACUCCAAAAGCACGAAGCCGGCCCGGCCUAGAACGUCUGCGUCCAGCACGUCGAGCGAAACGAGCGAGUGGAGCCGGCCGCGGCUGAGUCUGUCGGGCUCGCCGUUCACGCAAUCGAUAUGGUCCUAUUCCACGACCGGCUCGCCAAAAGAACUGGGUCCUGCAUUGUACGCAUCGUUCACCACGGUGGACGAUACCGCAGUUGAGUCGGACGACAAUAUGGACAGUCUGGAGGACUUUGUGCCCGGAUCUUUAAGCGAGCUGCUCACGACGGAGGAGCUGAGACGGCGCAGCAAGCCGGCAGACGAGCUCGUGAACGAGAGAAACGAAUUUAGAGAGUUCCGCGACCGGAUCGACAAGGGAGGCAGAGAGCUAUGGGAGAUGCAGUUUGUAAUGGAAUAG